AUGUGGCGUCAGCUUCACGAUCUUCCCAACUACCGAUAUGCCUCUGAAUCUUCAUUUGCGAUAUUCGCAAUCCGGGGUCAUAUGCUUCAUUCAAGUGGUUCAUCGUUGGACCAUAACUACGCAACGUCACUAGCACGAUUCCAGGCUCUGGCGGAAGUCUCUGGGCCUUGCUUUCAGCCCAUCCUCGACAGAACUGCCCUUCUGUUCUCUUCCACCAAUAAGGCUUGCCGUCAGAUCGCCUACUUGCCUGUGAAGAGUAGCCCUAAUCGUGCAAUUUGCUGA